UCGUCUCUCUCCCAGAAGCCAGAACCAUUAUAUCACAGAAGAAGCCGCUAGAUUCUGAACAUGAUCCGCACGUCGCUCGCUCUGUUCGCCGCCCUUCGCCGGCGGCUGGUGCCAAAGCUACCAAUGCUCAUCUACGCCGCCAGGUGGACCGCCCUACUGACCGUGUUGGUAGCCGUGGCGUCUUUCUCGCCGGAGUUCGCCUUUGUGUCGACCAUAACGGCCGUGCAAUCCCCAGGCGGUGAGUGCAGAAGGGAAGGAAUGGUUAGGGUUCCGUUGGACGUUCCCGGAGAGGUGUUCUGCUUGCCGGCUCAGAUGUUUGCCAAGUCAAACAUUGACUUCGUGGUCCCGCCGGUCUUCGCCGCCGUCGUGGUGGCUGGGGCGGCUUGGGUGGUUCGGUCCAUUGCCUUGUGGGAAGACGACGAGCCAGUGUAGUCUCAUCCUUUUGAAGAUGCGUCCGGCUUAAGAUUUGGCCGUCGCGUGGGGUUGACCGUUCAUCGUCGCGUCGAACGAAGACGACUAUAUGAAACGUCGAGCUGACGUGAUUUUUCGAGUUGCACAAUUACAUUUUACUAUUUUAGUAAUUUUUACUGUCUUGAUUAUUGUGUGUUGCGAACGAGUUACAACGUUGACUUAAUACUAACACCAUGCUAAUUAUUAUAAUCAUCGUUCAUUAAUUUUACAAAUAUCGAAGCACCGAGCAAGUGCUAGGGCAUAGUUGGACCUAGGGAUGACAAUAUUAUCCAUACGUAUUUUACUAUCCAACCCAAUUGGGCUGGGCAUGGAAUCCAAAUAUAUGUUAGAUGGAUAGAGUUUGAUGGGUUUGUACCCAUAUCCAUUUAGUUGGGUUGAGUUGGAUUUUUAAUAUAUGGAUUUGUACCCAUACCCAAAUGCAAAUUACAGUUUGGUACCUAAACCUAAUAGUUAUGCACAUUUAGUACCUAAUUUUUUUUUUGCAUAUAAGUCCUGAAAAUAUCGAUGAAAAUUUACAUUUUAGUACAUAAAAUUUUUUGGUCUCACAUUUUGGUGCCUAAACUUUUCAAGUUUUACAAAUAGGUCCAAUUUUUGUAUGUGUAGUUAAAAUACCCUCAAGUAAAUGGAUAUCCAUAUCCAACCCAUACCCAUUUAGAUAAUAUCCAUAUCUAACCCAAACCCAUAUACAAACCCCAAACCUAUACACAUAUCACCCAAACCCUACCCCAUAAUAAAUGGGUCUACUUGGGUUUGGGCAAAAUUAUCCAUGGGUGGGUAAAUUGCCAUCCCUAGUUGGACCCCUAAUAAGAAACAUUAGGCGUAACUGGGGAAAAUUGUUGGGGAUGUGAUAAAGGCCAAAAGAAGAAAACCCAAAGAAAUGGGCAAGAGCCAAAGUGAUAGCCCAGGCAAGGUUAAAGUCCGAUCCAAUGGGGUACUUGACAGCCUGGACGUGUAGGGUCAAGGCCCUGACAAGGGACGCAUGAAGACAAAAGACACACAACGGGUAGAAGCAUAAGGUAAGCUGAACAAGUGAGGCCAUGCGCCUAAAAUCUCUGAGGAUAGUGUCAGAUGGUCUUGGCGCAUGGUAAAGGGAAUGUACGGUGCAUUUAUUGCGUUGUUGAUGUAUGACUGAUUUAGGGGGCAUUGGUCGGUGAGACAGCUCCUAGAUAAAUCGGGAAAUAGAUAACCCUCAUUUAGUCGAUGUGCAACUCUAUCACUAAAACUUAUCGUUACUUUUCUCUCUAAGUUUGGGCACUAACUUGACCAUUGGAGACCUAACAGACUAGUUAGGUUUGAUGUCCGCUUUGAGAUUAGGCGCCUCAUGAGCCGGGAGAGGCACGAGGAGGUGCACGAAGGAGUGAAGGAGGAUAUUGGCAUAAACAAAUGUCUAUAAAAUUAUCUUGAAGGU